GUGUGUGUGUGUGAAUGUGAGAGAGUUUGGUUAUUAUUUGAUCACAUUUCAGAGAACAUCUCUGAGUUUAAACUGUUGUAGAGUAACGGGAACCUUCCAGAGGAGAACAUGUUCACCUAACGUCACGCUACGAACUCUGAUGAAGCGGGAAAGAAGCAGUUUGCUGCGUAGAGCUCAUGAAAACAAGACGCAUCUACGCAGUUUAACAUCUUUAUCGACACCGAGCGGAUAAGCUGAAGUUCGGCUUUAUUUUAAGAAAACAGCGCAAGUUGUAGAUGUUUCAGUUAAAUAUGCUCUGUGUAGGUGGCUGGGUUAACAGCUAAUGAACUGCUAACCGUCAUUUAAACAACAUUAAAGUAGCUAAUUAGUGGAGAUUAGCUGCUUGGUGUAAAAUGCUGAAGACUCUGACCAAAGAGCUGAGGAGACAUUCCCUCAAUGAGGUCCAUCCUUUCCAGCUGAAGAUUUCUUAUCAUGGCAGUGGAGAGGGAGUAGAGAGCGAUGACUCAGAAGGCGAGAACCAGGAGCUUGCACAGAUUGACAGAGAGAGACGGAGAAAUUGCGCCCUCACCCCUUUGGCUACCAGCCAGCAGCACAACCAGGGUCCCGUCUCUCCAGCGAGGUUACGACGCCUCCGCCUCCUCCUAGAUGCCAAUCUGGAGCGUCACUCAUCAGAGGAAGAGCUGGAGCGGAUCAGCUGCGGCGACAACAGGAAGUGGGUGUCGGCCUUCCCUCAGCGCCACAGCGACCAUCACAGCAGCGCCUCCAGCGAUGAAGAAGUGCGAGACCUCUGCGGCUGCCGGUCGCCCCCCGGCUCUACCAGACCUCUGGCUGAGCCCGGCGCCACCUGCCUGGCGGCUUCUCCCAGCCCAGUCCUGUUCAGCUCCAGCCCGCCGCGCAACCUGAAGCCGCCCCCCAUGAGGUUUCAGCUCCAGGUGGCUCAGCCCGUCACACGGCCCAUCAUUCUCACCCACUUUGACCAAUCUGCACCUUAUAGAAAGUAUCGGCACAGCUACAGCGGCGAGCCUGGAAGACCCAGUCUGGACCUGGAAAAAAUGCAACAGAAAAUGCUGCUGAAAAAGAACUGUGGAGGAAAAACACGGACGAUGAAGAUUCGGAAUCUAACCGGCGGUCGUCCUCCGCCCAGGUACUCCUAUGACCCCUCCAUCUUGGCCUUCCGCUCCAUGAGCACAGCGCCCCCUUGUAGAUCCUUGACUCCGUCUGAAGACCCUCCAUGCUCUUAAGCAGAAACCGUCCAAAGCAGACUCCAGCCACACCUCCUCGCAUUUAGGUCUUUUCAUUCUGCGGCUUCUGUUAACGGAGCGAGCUCUGGAAGGUGUUUCUGUUUAAAGGUUGAACUGUUGCACUCUCAGGUAAUCUGUCCCCAUCACUCUGAGCCCUGCUGGAAUCAGGACACCGUCUAGCAGAGCUCUCUACGUAGAAUUCAGGAUCAUUAGACAAACACGGAGCAGGAAGCCUGUUUGGAUCGCUCUGAGGGGAAUGAUGCAUGUUAGACAAUCAUGUGGUUCCAGGGUUUCUUCCUUUGUAACUUCCUAUCUAAACAAAAAGAUGAAUCAUCUAUCUUGUUAUUGUUAAGCUGAGAUGGUGGUCGCAUUUAUCCGUCUGAAACUACUACUCUGGAUGUGUUGCUGCAAACACAGUACUGUAAGGUCGAGCUAUAACAAAUAUGUAUGACUGUAGAUCAGUAGUCCUGAGUCAAAGUUACUCGUUUUCUCUUUUCCUGCAUGAAUCCCAGAACUCUGCAGAAACAUGAAUGACUGUAGGGUUGCUGCACAGUUGGCUAAUCUGUUCUUCUGGAUAGCCUUCCUGUAGUUCGCCAUUUCACUUUGGCUUUUUGUUUCUAGUAAUGUAACUCCAUUCCAUUCUAGGUAGAAAAGGACCACAGGUCUAACUAUCUAAAUAUCUCUUAAUGCCUUGAAAUCACAUUCCUGCUAUAUUGAAGUCUGAGGUACUUCCUGUCUCCUGAAAGGAGCUCAAACACAAUGUAACUAGCUGGAACCAAGACUUUGCCGAAUUGAAUGUAACAUCGUGACGUGUUUUCGUCCCUUGUUGCACAAGAAUAAUUCAAUAAAUACUCUGUGGCCUCUUCUUGUGAUGUCAUUUUAUUUCUGAAUGG